AUGCAGAAGGGGGAGUAUAUAGAGGAACACAGGGGUCUGUACAAGGACGUGAUGAUGGAGAAUCACCGACCCCUCACAUCACUGGAUGGGCCCAGUAACAGAGAUACCCCAGAGAGAUGUCCCCGUCCUCUGUAUUCCGAGGAUUGUACAGAGGAGAAUCACAGGAUCCCACAGGAGGAUCAGGAAGAACGUCUGUCUGAUAUAAAGUCAGAAGAUGUAGAGGGAGAAGAAGAGACGUAUGUGGCUGAUAUAAAGGCAGAAGAUACAGAGGGAGAAGAAGAGACGUAUUUGACUGAUAUAAAGGCAGAAGAUAUAGAGGAAGAAGAAGAGACGUAUGUGACUGAUAUAAAGGCAGAAGAUAUAGAAGGAGAAGAAGAGACGUAUGUGACUGAUAUAAAGGCAGAAGAUACAGAGGGAGAAGAAGAGACGUAUUGCCGACGCGUUUCGGGAUACCUCCCUUCAUCAAGGCUGCAUGACAAGCACUAA